AUGCGUGAGAAAAAGCGAAGUGACGAGUAUGAUCAACGAGAAAUAUCAGUUGAUAAAGAAGCGGAUAUUCUGCGGCAAGCUGUUGAGUCCGAGUAUACAACUUUAUAUCGUCAAAUACAUAAAACGGCACAAAAAACCGCUCGUCGUAUCCUUCGACAUGUAGUUCAACCACCUGCACCACAAGCAUUAACUAUUUCUAUUCCUACAUUAACGAAUGAAUUAAAUAGCGAUACAGAUGAUAACGACACUACUGUUUCAGUGACAGUAGCAGAUGGUACAAAUAAAAAUCCACACAAGGAUUCAACUAUUCCAAUAGUUAUGCCAACACUUCCUGUCGUUCGAGAAUUGAUCUCGUAUGUGCCAACAACAAGAAAUCUUGCAACACGCGGUCAUCUUAUCGGUAUACCAUACUUGGGAGAUAAAUUUGAUGCUGAAGAUCAACGAUUAAUCAAUUCGAUUUCGAUCGAACCAUCCAAAUCACAGAAGUUAACACGAAAAAAAAAACUCGAUGAACAAUCAUUAGAAGCUUUGUAUCGGUCACUUCGCUCGAAUCAUCUAUGGAAUAAUUGUUCGAAUGAACAACUUAUUGAUGCAAUACUUUAUUAUCAUCGUGACUCAACACCGCGAGCCAAACUUUUGGCACUAGCCAGUGAACAUGACUGUUGCCUCAAUGAAAAACAACGAAAUCAUACGAAUAUUGAUCAAGAUGAUACGCUAGAUAUGGACACUGAUGAACUUGUCAUCAAACCGUGGUGCUCUCGAUUUUGUCCACGAUGUUAUACUUAUAACUGUUUACUACAUAAGGAAGGCCCAACGCAUUUACCAUUACCAAAAAAGUUCUCUCUUACGUUCGACAACCAAACAGAACCUUGCGGUUUGACAUGCUAUAAACAUCAACGUGAACAUCUCAAACGGCCGCUGUCGCCAUCAUCUUCCCCAACCGAGUCGACAACGUCACCUGAUAAUAAUAAUAAGAAACGUCAACGGCGAAGUUCUUCCAAUCAAACCUCUGUAAUGUCAGAUGAAAAUCUUCACAAUGAAAAUCCUCUCGAUAUAAACGUCCGAUCGACUGAUAUCCAAAAACGAAUCUCAUCACAUUAUUUAACACGAAUUGAAAAUCAGAUGGAUAAUCAACUGCUUCCAGCGAUAUCCGUCGAGAACAACUGGACACUAACUGAUCAAAGUUUAUUUCGUUUAUUUUAUUUUCUCUUCGACGGUGAUUUAUGUUUAUUAAAAUACAUGUUUCAAAGCAAUCACACAUGUCAGCAAUUGUAUGAAGAAUUUAUUCGCGAUUCCAAAUAUUUUUCCGAACGCAUAUCAUCAACAGAUGGUUCACCCUGUUUAAUACGUCUUCCAUAUCGACGACGUAUGCCAGAAGGCACUACGCGUGCCUUUCUUCUCUAUAUCAAACGAACUCUCAAUCGACCCAAUGAUAAUCACAAUCAAAAGAAUACGGCAACAACUCUGAAACCAUCGUAUCAACCUUGUUUACAUGAUGGUCCAUGUACGGUCGACAAUCCUCAAUGUUGUUGCAUGAAAAUGGGCACAUUUUGUGAAAAAUUUUGCAAUUGUGCUAGUGAUUGUCCACAUCGAUUUCCUGGCUGUGCUUGCAAAGGAUCGUGUCUAUUUAAUAGCUGUUUAUGUAGUGCUGAAGGACGUGAAUGUGAUCCUGAUUUAUGUCAUAAUUGUGGAGCAUCAUUAUUUUUCAAUGUAGUAAGUCCUCCGAUCAAACUGGAAGCCGAUGCGUCUCCAUCAGUAUCGGAAACAACAGAAGAAAAGUCUUAUUCAAAAGCAUCUGUUCGAAAUGUUCGAUCACGAACUCUUUGUAAUUUACCAGCUCGAUCACAAACUCUCCGAUCGUGUCGUAACAAUGAGACAACGUAUAGAACAAUUUCGAAACAAAGACGACGCGCCAAUUCUCGAGCAUCGCUAAAUUCUCUUCCAACUCCAUCAUUACCAACGAUUUCAUGUGCAAAUAUAUCUUUACAACGAAAAAUUCAUAAACAAAUUCUUGUUGCUGAAUCCGAUAUUGCUGGAUAUGGAGCAUUUCUCGGCUCACCAGUUGCCUAUCCUGGUGAACUAAUCGCUGAGUAUACAGGCGAGAUCAUCUCAGAGGAAGAAGCCGAUCGACGUGGUCGACUUUACGACAAACGCGCAUGUUCUUAUUUAUUUAAUCUCGAUAUGCAACAUUGUAUUGAUGCUCGACAAUUUGGCAAUAAAUUACGAUUUGCGAAUCAUUCUUCGAAACCGAAUUGUGUACCCAAGAUUAAACUAGUCAAUGGUAAUUCUUAUUCAUCGGCUGAGAACAUGUUUUGUAAAACUUCUUUUCCAGGCGACUAUCGGAUAGGUAUCUACGCAAAAGAAGUGAUUUUUCAAGGCGAUGAAUUAUUUUUCGAAUACAUGUAUGACGCUCAUCAACGUCAACAAUUCAUCAAUAACGAACGAGUUGAUGAAGCCGAACAAGAGAAUGUCACAGUUUUAACACGAUAUGCGGAUAAUUUUAUGCUAGUCCAACCAUCAAUUGAUUGA